AUGAAGGAGCAUCAGUCUCUGGAAUCUCCUCGGCUUGUUCACAGACGUUUCUCACUCAGCAACUACGAGUUAUCUAAUCCGUUUUCACUACGCUUCGUUCACGGCCCCGUGCAUUCACACACCGUGUUGCAAAACACCCAGGCGGAUAUCCAACAAACGAUAGAUAGAUCAGACAGAGAUCGAAGAAACAGAGACGACGAAUCGAGGGUAGCAGAAGAGUUAAACGAGAAUAAGGGGAGAAGGAAUCGGAGAACUGGGCUUUCCUUCGAGCAUAGGCAAAGAAGCACGCAAACUGGCUCCGGAGAUCACUGUCUGGCCGUGAGAGAACUCGCGCUGCAAACCGGCAUCCUCGAACAACGGACCGACAAGCAACCGAUCGUAGCACAGGCGGCUAACGCGACCAACACGUCGAGUAGACAGAAAGAAAGCUCGUUGAGCGGUGACACCAUGGCUCCGAGUGCCGAGGAACAACGCCAAGAUGUGGCCACCGACGAAAAUACGAUUGAUUGCACGAUGAUUCACCGUGUUUUCUCGUGGCUUCCAGAACCCAAGGAUAAAAUCGCAGUGAGGACCCCGGGGAUAACCAAGUCACCCCGGAAGUUCGCGGGGGUUGUGAUCGCAAUGUGCGGCCUACCAGGUCGUGGAAAAACCCAAGUGGCUCAGUGUCUUUCGCGCAGGCUCAACUGGAACGGCGAUUCCACGAAAGUAAUGAGGGUCAGCGACUACCGAAGGAAAAGGCUGGAACCGUACGGAGAGGCGGUGUCGCACGAGCUGUUUCGCCCGGAUCACACGGCGAACGCAGCUUUGAGAGCCCUGGCCCAACGAGACGCGAUGCACGACUGCGCUGCGUGGCUUGCAGCCGGGAAUUCCGUAGCUAUCCUGGACGCCACGCUGGUGACACGAGCGCAGCGCGCCGAGGUCUUCGACUAUUUUUCCGGGCAGCUCGGUUAUCGCGUCCUUUUCAUCGAGUGCGUCUGCGACGAUCUGGUCGCGCUGGAGCGAAAUUACAAGGAGAUAUUGCGCUACAGCGCCGAUUACGCUGGCAUGGAUCCGGUCAGGGCCGAGGAAGAUCUACAGCUGAAGAUAGCUCAUUACGCGGAAUCCUACGAGCCGAUGGACGAGAAGACCUAUCCGCGUAUCCGCAUAGACACGGCGAGCAUGGACAUCGAGGCUCGUAAAGUGUCUGGCCACGUGGAGACGAGCGUUCUUGGAUAUCUUGGAAGCGUCAUGAUCAAGCCGCACACUCUUUACUUCUCUCGGCACGGUGAAAGUGAGUACAACGUGUUGGGUAAGGUCGGCGGUGACGCGGUUCUAAGCGCACGCGGCGAGAGAUACGCACAAGCGUUGGCCACCAAGUUCAACGCUAUGCGCAUUCCUGACUUGCGCGUGUUGACCAGCCGUCUUCGAAGGACUAUCGCCACUGCUCGUGGCGUGGAGGCACCUCAAGAACACGUGGCAGCACUCAACGAGCUUCACGCUGGCAUCUGCGAGGGUCUCUCGUACGAAGAGAUGCAGGAGCAUUAUCCUCAG